AGCUUUCACAGCUUUGAGUUUUACACUCGUUAGGUACUACAAUGUUAGGUCCUAGGUCCUACUCCUAGACCAUCAAAUCAGCCUCAGCGUCUCUUCAGAGCACCGUGUCGUCCUGACUUACCUUCCAAGGUCUACCAAAAUCCAUUUUGCAGGUCUUGUGCAGGCAGCAAACAACGCCGGAAGAAAGCCUUUGUUAUCGACUUAGCAUCCAUCGAAACACCUGCUGAUUUUGGGUGGUGGGACUAGUGCGCGCUAUCAUGGCUGACGAAUUCCGGUUGAACAGCUCGAACUUCAAGGACGGAGGCCACAUUCCUCGCAAGCACACCGCUGAUGGCACAGUUGAUAAGAAGGAUAUCAGCCCCCAGCUGUCCUGGCACAAUGUACCUGAGGGGACAGAAAGCCUGGCGCUCAUCAUGGAAGACUUAGAUGCUCCUGACCCGGACUCUCCAAUUGUGCCCUGGGUCCAUUGGGUUGUGGUCAAUAUCCCUCCCACUCUUCAUGGUCUGCCGGAGAACUUCCGGGUGCACGGCCUGGACGAGAGCGAGAUCAAGAAGGAGCACCAGGGCAUCGCUGAGGGGUACAACGACUUCAAGCAGCCGGGGUACCGGGGGCCCGCGCCGCCGACCGCCGCUGCCCAUCGCUUCGAGAUCCGGCUGUACGCGCUCGACAAGAUGUUCGAGAAGCUGCCCAACAAGAUUACCAAGCCCGUUCUGGAAGACGCAAUGGAGGGGCACAUCCUGGGGGAGGCAAAGCUGACGGGGAUGCACGGUCAUGAGAAGAUGGGUCCUCGAGGGAACGACAGCUACAUUCCUCCCGGCCAUCCAAUGACUAGCCCAGCGCAAAUGAGAUAGAUUCGAUAACGUGCAUCGAACGGGGUUAGUUUUACUGGUCGAAUCACGGAGAUCAGGUUUGCGCUUAUGAGGAUCAUCUCAUCUUACACGCAGAGCGAGGAUUUUGGCAGUCAGCUAGGAGACGGGGAAGAGCAAUUUGUACUUUAGAGUUGGUCAAUGUAUCGUAAGGGGUCGAAAUGUAUUGUAUUCCAUUCAGAAACAGCUGUUUCGCUCAAAUUUGGCCAUAUGAAACGGCUGAAUGGCCGUUUCAAAUCAUUGAAUGCGGUUCCAAACUGUUCCGCAGUUUUCCUAGUUCGAUCUGACUUCCGCCUUCCAAGUUGGGGUGGACAAAGCAGAAUACGUUGGUUGUCGUCAUCUGGCUCUGGCUGCAAAUUGGUAAGUUCGUUUGAACUUCGAGUAUACGGUACCUGCAUGGAGCCUAAGUUCGAAUCUGCAGUUUGGAAUGGCAAUGAACAAAUGCGCAGCCACGCGGUUACAUAGUCUGGACCUUAGCUUCGUAAGGAUCUUUCCAAUGUUGUACAAGUUCGCCGGA